UAUGACGUCAGCGCAAUGGCCGAGUUGUAAAGCAGUAGUUCCCUAUUUUGGAUUUCAUGAGAGUAUUUGUCAUUUUAGUUUUGUCUACAGAGUUUAAUAAGUUUUAAAAAGUGUUCAAGUAGUUUAUUAAUUGGAUUAAUUAAUCAGAAUUCUGGAGUCAUUCCAAUAUGGAGUAAAAAAGUGACAUAUUUCAGUUAGCUGUCAUCGAGUUUUAGUUUUAGGCUAAGUGACAAGUGAAGUGUGUGUGUUGUGUUGUUCGCUAGUCGACGUUAUCAGUAUCGCAUGCAUUUAGAUCUACUUCUAUCUGGAUGCAUUCCUGGAGACUAAGGAAAGAAUUUCAUGUUGGAUUUAUGGAACGUAUAUGUGGCAUUAUAGAUAUUUCCAUGCCAAGGCCAGGGUCAUGACACUGGAUAAGUUCAUGUGGAUAGCAUUCUUUUAAGAUGUAACAGUUCUUGCGGAUUACCUUGACUUUAUUUCGAUGUGCAUGUGUUUUGUGGAUGUGCUAUUCUGGUAUGCCAUGGAAUAAAAAGGGGAAUGACUCACGGAUAUAACCCCCAGGCAGCUCCACCGUGAUCUCGACUCCUGUCCAUAACCACGGUCUGUGGACGGAGGGAACAGGAUGGAUAAAAACAUCAACGCUGAAGAAGCGGACAUCUCUGAAGUGGUCGCGUCCAUCAAACAGACUUUGGACACUGGCUUGAGGCAGUCCAGCAAGCAGGUCCGGCAAGCCGCUCUUCACAAGCUCCAGAGGAACAAAGAGCUCAAAGUCAAGUGCGAGUAUGGAGGGGAAAAAAGGGUACUUUCAGUGUCUAGACCUGUCAAGUAUGGAGACUUGGUGGGGAAACUGCAGGACAUGUACCAGAUACAGUUGAAUCUGUUUUACACACAAAGUAGUGGUGAGAUCUACAUCCCGUUGAAGUCUCAGGGAGACCUUGAAACUGCCGUCCAGUUAGUGGACCAGAAUGCCCACACCACCAGUCUACGCUUGUAUCUUACUCCGGUGUCGCCACUGUCCGAGACCAGCAGUCACUACCACACAGCUUCAACAGCAGUUUUAAGACAGACACCAAGCCCGCCUCCUGGUUCCUUACCCAGCUCCUAUGUCAGGACAGACUCCUAUACAAAGGUAGAUGGAGAGGGCGUGUUUAUCCCUGAGCCCAGCAAUCACAAUGAUUUGGAUGUAUAUCAACACAGAGAUGGAUCCACAUCAGAUUCAAUGUCUUCCAUUGACAGCAGCUACAUUAGUGGCCACAGUGACAACUAUGGCAGAAGGAGAGACUCGAGGCGGAGUGCUUUAUCUGAACAUUCUAAAGAUGAAGUGGUCAUGAAAGAUCGAAGACAUUUUGGUACAUUUCCAAGAGGUAUAGACAAUGCUCAGUUAGAAUCAACAAUAGAGGCCAAAAACAAUGGGCAUCAAACAUUUCCUCGUUCACGGCUUCGGCGUAUGGAUAAUGAGCCUCUUCACACCCUGAUGUCUCACAGCUCUGAGGGCACCUUAGACUCUCACAGUUCUUCCAGCAGUGGCUGCUUCCCUGCAGACGGCGACUGGGACUCUCCUGGUGGGAGAUUGUCUAUAAGUGGACCAUUGUUCUCAAAAUCUCCCCGUGCUCCGACAAAUUGGAAACGAGGUCGAUUGCUGGGCUCUGGGGCAUUUGGAGAAGUGUACCUCUGCUGUGACUCGGAUUCAUCCAUCGAGCUGGCUGUGAAGCAAGUACAACUAGGCACCAUGAACGCUGAAGUCUCAAAGGAAGUUAGAGCUUUGGAAAAUGAGCUGCAACUGUUACGCAACUUUCAGCAUGAGAGAAUUGUUCAGUACUAUGGAUGUCAACAGGAGAAUAAAGUGCUGUCUAUCUUCAUGGAAUAUAUGCCUGGGGGCUCAGUUCUAGAUCACAUGAAAACUUAUGGAGCGUUGACAGAAAAUGUCACACGUAAAUAUACUAAGCAAAUUUUACAAGGACUGGCAUUUCUACACAAAAAUGUCAUAGUUCAUAGAGAUAUUAAAGCUGCGAACGUACUGCGAGAUAACCUUGGUAACAUCAAGCUGGGAGACUUUGGGGCCUCUAAGCGCCUGCAGACCAUCACCAGCGCCACAGGCUUGAAGACAGCAGUAGGUACACCUCAUUGGAUGGCUCCUGAGGUGAUCAAUGGGGAAGGCUAUGGCCGCAAGGCAGAUUUAUGGAGUGUCGGGUGUACUGUUGUGGAGAUGCUGACCAAGAAGCCUCCCUUUGCAGAGUACGAACCUUUUGCGGCUAUGUUCCAAAUAGCCACCUGCAAGUAUCCCAAAUAUGAAUUGCCCCCUGGCUCCUCGACUGUAGUCAAAGACUUCCUUGCACUCACAUUUCAGAGACACAAUUCAGAGCGUCCAUCCGCAGAGGACCUGCUGGAACACAGAUUCGUGAAAGAUUUGACUUAAUACUUACUCCUGAUUACAUAGGGGUAAACAUAAAUAUCAAGCCAGUGUAAGAGCAAGAACACGUUUUUCAUUAGUGUUUUAAAAGAGGUUUAUUAAAAGUUCCUCCAUUUUAAAGCAUCAACUAAAUUUUUGAGAAAAGCAAAAUUCUCACUCGUCAUUGGGUAUUUUGUUGAGCAGCAUUUUACUCUGCCCAUCAAUGCCCUUGAGUAAAGGGGAGUAGCUGAAAUGACAACUUGUAAAAAUUGUUUGUUCCCGGGAGGACUUAGUGGCCAAAGGAUAUGGUCACUUGAUGCUGGUUUGAAAAAAAAUUUCUUAGAGAGGAUUUCUCUGUGGCCAAAGGAUAUGGUCACUUUAUGCUGGUUUGAAAAAAAAAAUUCUUAGAGGAUUUAUCUGUGGCCAAAAAGAGGAUUCACAUGUCUGAAAAGUGAGGAAGUUUUCCUUAAAACUGGAAUGUAGCAUGACUUGCGUCUGCCAUAUAGUGUCAUGUACUACUUCAUCUGCUGUAUGGACCAAAAAAACAAAUAUUGGAGUUAUCAUGCGUUUUAUAUUUGUAUAUUGAUAUAGCCUAGACAUCAGAAGUACUUAUAAGGAAUUUCACCUGAUGAAUGCCUACUGAUGUGUUUUUAAAAGUAUAUAUAAAUAAUUUUGGUUUUUCAAAUGUUUAACAUAAUAAAUUUAUAUAUUUAUAUAUAAGAUUGUAUAUUACAAUGGGAUUCAAAUGGUGCCAUUUUGUAAAGAGAUACAUACUAUAGCUUAUACUGUCCAGUUUUGCUUGGAGUUAGUUAUAUGCAAUUUUUGUCUUAGAAAUAGUAUUAGCUGAUCAAAAAAUGUAUAUCUCUAUGAAAGAACUGGUUAUCAAGUUGCGCUUUCCUGAGAUCAUAGUAUAGGCCAGAGAUGUUUGGCUUCUUGGUUACCAGGCCUGAAAUGUAUGAAGACUAGGUCCAUGUCUGAAAUGUGUGUUACCUAGAUUGCAGCCAAUCAGACACAUCUGUUGCCAGGUCUGAGAUGCAUGGAACCUAGGUUGCCAGGUGUGAGAUGUAUGGAACCUAGGUUGCCAGGUUCAUGUCUUAAAUGUGUGUUGCCUGGAUUGUAACACAUCUGACACAUCAGUUACCAGGUCUGAGAUGUAUGGAAUCUAGGUUGCCAGGUCUGAGAUGUGUGUGACCUAGAUUGCAGCACACCAGACACAUCUGUUGCCAGGCCUAAGAUGUAUGAUACCCUAGGUUGCCAGGUCUGAGGUUUAUACAUUCUUGAUUGCUAAAUCUAUGUGGCGCCUAGACUGACAAUUUUAUAAAUUGUCAUUCCCUCACUUUACAGAGAUUCUAGUUACUGAAAACUGUUACCAAUUGCAACAGAGAAUAUUUUUACAAUGAAGCCAAGAAGUUCACCUCAACACUCAUACAGUGAGAAUGUACAUCCUGAAGUGGUCUAUCAAUAGGUUGCCUUGUGUGCCAUGACUCUGUUUGAUAUAUUCCUGAGAGGUAUCAAAGUGAACAAUAUAGUUACUUUUAGAAGCAAAGUGUUGAAUGUUUGCAUUAGUUUUUGUUAGACUUUGGGGGUUUAUUGUGCACUUACAAACGUAAUCAAUCAAAAGAAUGGUGUUGUACAAUGUAGGACUUUUGGAGUCUAUGAGAGAUUGUAAAGAAAAUUUGCUUUUUUUUCUUUGGUCAUGGAUGAGUGUUUAAGCAUGUAUAUCACUUCAAAGACUUAGAUUUUUACUUCUCUAUUAUGGGUAAACUUGUGGACCUAUUUCAUUACAUUCGUGAUCAAAGUUGUAAAAAAAGCUCAGUUUGAUUAUAGGUCACAACACUACAGAAUACAAGUGACAGUAUCUGUUGUUGAAUUCUCAAAGCAAAGAAACACUUCAAAUUAUUAUUUCAUGUGGGUUGAACAUAGAAAGACUGUUGAGCCUAUUCUAUAAUCAAUCUUUUCAGCUAAGUCUUCAAUUCCAGAUUAUUCCCCCCCCCCUCACCUUUUUCUUUAAAACCUGUCAAAUCAUGAAGUGGGCCUACUCUCUAUGUACUAUAGUUCUAAUUUCAAUGAUGUAAGACAGAAAUUAUUGUUUAUUUUAUGUUGUAGAGUUUAUUAUUUUAAAUUUUAAACUUGAACAGAAGUUGGUGGUAAUAGGUCUUAAAACUCAUUCUACCAUGUAUCGGAUUAACACAGUUGUUAUACAAAAAUAUUUCUACACUCUUUGUACUUGCGUGUUGCAUAAAGUCUUCUUGACAAGAAUUCAUUUCCAAGUAUAUAACUGUUGCCCAAACAAUCUUUCCUUGCAAUGGUAAUGACACGUGUGUGUACACUGUGAAGGCAAUGCCAAAAUAAGCAAGACAUGCUUAUCUGUAAAAUAAAAUAUUUAAACCAAGAAAUAGAAAAAAAGCACAAAAUUUUCUUACUAAUGGUGCACAAAUUGAACUCAGAAAAUGUUUUUUUCUGCUGUGGUUUUAAAAACCAUUUCUAAAUCUAUUGUCAGUUUAAAAUGAAUCCCCAAAAAAAAAAAAAAAAAAAAACUUCGUUUAUGCAAUUUCAAAACAUUUGAUAGAGCAAAGUCUAUAUUUUAUAAGAGUGAUGUUAAAGUUUGUAACUUUGGCCUAAACUGCUGCACAUGUUGACCCAAUAGCAUAAUAUGUUUUUCUCUUGAGGUGGAAAUAUAGAUCAUUAGCAUUUUUGAUCUCUCUAAUCCACUUGAAAUGAACAAUAAUCUCAAGACAACGAUUCUAUUUGUAUUGUAGCAUAAUAAAUUUAGCAAGUUGAGUCAAACUCAUGAGAGUAACAUAUCUAUCAAUGACUAUCUACUUUGUCAUUUGAAAUAAAUCCUCUAUACAAAAAGUUUGCUAUUUUUGUUUCACCUCUGCCCAACACAAUCUAGACAUUCAAGGCUAACAGCUUUAUUUGAAAUGUAAUUUUUACGAUAACGUUUGGUCACUGGGUUUGGGGUAGAGAGGAAAGUCAGAAUUCCUAGGCUCGUGAGGUUUGAGUUGAAUGUUUUUUUUAAAUGAAACCAAUUUACACUUUGAAGUGAUUGCUAUAAGAUUAUAAGGCCAUUUUGCCUUUACAUGAAGUCUUGGGAAGAAACCAGUGCUGUUCAUAAUAAUAAUAAAAUAAGGAAUUGUCUUCGAUUGCAAAGGUUAAGAAUGAGUGCAGUAUUUCACUGACCUUGCAUGCCCAACCUGCAUAAUUUAUCAAAUCUAAAUUUAAUUGAUAACAUCUUCUUUUUGACUGCCCCAGACUUGCUGAUCUCCAUCUCGACAGGUCUUGGAAACCAAAAAUUCUCAACCUGUAUGGUGACAUGUAUGCACUACGCAAAACAGCAGGGUUUUUGUCCAGGGCUUCUGUAAGAGAGAACUUGAACCUCUCAAGCCCUCACUCAAAUGGAGUUUGAUGAUGAUGAUAACAGAAAAGCAAUACAACCUACUGCCAAAAGACUUUGAUAACAGUAUAGGGAUGUAUUAAUGUAGACUGAUACAAUGUACUUCUAAAUGAGUUGUGUAGAAAGAUGAAUUAAUGUAUAGUUGAAACCAUAGUUCUGCCAGAUGUUUUAUUUUGUUUCUAUUUAGUCUCAAAUUUCUAUUGGGUUACUACUGAAGCAGCAUUUUAUUUAGACUCAUUUAUUAACCUAAUAGAGUCAGCUAUGCUCUAGCCAUAGGUGUUAUAAUUGUACAAAUACACAAUGGUAUCAAGUUUUUCAAAACACUCACAUGUGAUAGGCAUAACUAUUGGAUUGCAGUUUUGUCUUUACUGAUUUACUUUUGUCCUUCAGACACUUCAUCAAAGGUAAUUUAGUUCUGAUUGAAUUAUACAUUGAGAAAUCUUCUUGUCAGCAUGUGAAAUUUUGAAAUUUGCUUUGUUCAUCCAAAAGUCCUAGCUAAAAAAAAAAAGUCUGUGGUAAUAUUGAGAAACAUUGAAAACUUUUAGGCCAAACGUUUGUUCAUGGACUUUCUGAUUUGUGAUAAAAUGUUGUGCAUAAUUGAUUGUAAAACCUGACUGUAAUCAAACGGUGUGAUCAUUGAGAUGAACAUUGAAUGGGUCUUCUCCUAUCUAUGUUGCUAGAGACCAAUUUAAAGUUAAAAUCCUAAAUAAUCAUUGUUUCUCAGAUUCAUUUGGACUUUUUAAUGGCUUUGUACAAAGCUCAACUCUAUUUAAGUCUCCCCUCCCCAUGUAUAUACCUAUAAAUACAUAACCCUCCUACCUAAAGGACUGCCAAAUUGUUGACUUUAAAAAUCAUGAUUCCACUUCAAAAUUAAGAUAGCCAAUGAGUUUGUAUUUAAUGUAGCUUGGAAACUAAAUACAAAUAACUUAUUGUUAUGAUCAUUUUUUUUUAUGUAUUAGAAUAAGCAGGUUAUGCUGUACUGUUUUAAGGUAACGUUUUUUUUCAAACUUUUACACUUGAUACUCUACGGAGAAAAAGCAAUGUCCCUUUGCCACCUUUAUCGUAUUAGGGGGUCUGUUAAAGUGCAGUAAGCUCCCCUAAAGAAGACUAGGGCUACACCGCAGCCCCAUUUCCUCAAGAAGUUUGUUCUCUCUUUUGGCUCUUAUCUGGACUUCCGAUAGAACUUUUCAACUUUAAAGUUUAGAUAUGUUGUUGUUAAGUUUAUUUGUUACCUGUGUCAAUGUUCAAAAUGUCUUCAUCCAAUCAGCAGUUUCAUAACAUUAUUUCUACACUAAAAUAAAUUGGGUAAUAUUUCAGAAUCAUUGAAAGACAAUUUUGUACAGAAACAGUAUUUCAUUCUUUUUUUAAAAUAACAGCUGCAAUGAACUUUAAAAAAAAAAAAAAAAAAGGAAUUAUCCAGUGCGUCUUGAAAGCUAAGAGCAACAGUUACUUACGGAGUCAGGUGCCCUGCACAAAGAUCUACCAUCUUCUUUUUCCCCAUCAGGUCAUUUGCAUGUGAGAAUCAAAUAAUGAGAGUGCCUACAGUCUCAAACUUAGUUUGUUUUUAUUUUGUGGGCCAAGAUUUCUAGCUGAAUUGUUUUUGUUUUUUUAUGGAUAAUGAAAUGCUGCCAAAGUAUUCAAUCUGUGUUUCUGAAUUAAGUGUUUCUUUGUGCAGAAAUUGGUCUUUAUGAGAAUUCAUAGGAGUGUUCUUGUGUGGAUUAUGAAAAGUUGACAUGUGCAGAUUGCUGAGUAUUAGAUUUUGAAAGUGAGAGAUUCCCUUAGUAGAGGUCAAGGGAGGUGAUAUGGUAUUGACUACAAGUGCUACAUAACUAGAACAUUGCUAGCCAGUGACUAAAUAUAAUAUAGGUCAGGUGUAAACUAUGCAAACAAAUGUGGGCAACUAUUACUUAAGCUAGAAGGAUUUAUUUUACAUUGAACAAAUUUAUAAUCAUGCUUUUGUUUCUCUUUGACAUGUUUUAUUAAUUCUGUUGAUCAUGGACAUUCUUUUUUGUUUUAUGGCAGAGCUCUGUUUUACUGUUAAGUUUUAUUGUAAACAGUUGCCAGAAUUGUAUAAACUAAAUAUAAAGUUUUGUUUAGGCUAACUGUACUCCGUUUCUCAGUUAUGUAGUAAAAUUAAUUAUUUUAAAUUAUAAGUAUGCCCAAGACAAUUUUAUCUAAAAAGGCAAACCUAGCGUACAAUUUAAUAGAAAAAACGUCUAAAAAAAUAAUUUUUUUUAGUGUUUUAUAUUUUAGUCUGGGGUUAUUUUAUGUUUUUUUAAAAAUUAUUUUAGUGAGUUUUAUUUUUUACAUAUUCUUCCUUUCUUUGAAAUGUUAGCUAACUCUGUAUAAUACUAAUUCUAUGGCCACCAUUUCCUGCCCACCAAAAAACUAUUGCUGCUGAUGUAUUGCCUUACAUUUGAUCUGUCUCUUUACACCCAUAUGUUCUGUCCAGUCAGACCUGUCACUUCAGCAAUCUUCUAUUUAUUUCAACGCCAUAUAUUUGACCUUUUUUUUUUUUUUUUUUUUUUUUUUUACAUUGUUCAUAUAUUUACAAGGAGAUGUACGAUGUUGAUUCAAUUGUUCAUUUUACUAACCUACAUUUUUACAUUGUACACAUUUUUGCCAAGUUCGUCUAAGAUUCUUUCUCUCCAACAUGUUUGCUAAUAAUUGGAACAAAUGAUAGAACCAUUAUUGUUGACCCAGUGCCUUGGUGAUCUUUUACUAUGAUUAAAUGUUUGGAGUAUUUGUUGACAUAGAAAAAUAUUGAAUGUUGUAAAGAUGUUUAUGUAUGUUUUAUCAUUAUGCUUGCUAUUUUUGUAAUAUUGAGAUAAGUCUGUGCCUGUGUUAACUAAAGUACAUAUUUAUAAUGAAAAAAGGAAUUAAUUUUGAUGCCCUUUAAAUGCGAAAAUGUCAAAUGCAGUGGUGUAUAUAAUAUAGCCGGGAAAUAUAGCCAAGACCAAUGGUCAUAGAAGGCCUGAACAUUGAGCUGCAAUGUCGCAACCUGUGGGCAGUGAAGACUAAUGGCUCGUUGCCACAUUGUACUUCCCACAGAAUGUGAUGCUGCAGGUCAGUGCUGAGGUCUUCUAUAACGAUUUGUCUUCUUCGUUAUUCUCAUUUUUAUGAAAGGUAAUCCUUUAUAUGAAAUGAACCACACAGUGGUUUCCAGAUUAGGCAGUUCUCCAUAGUGUUUUUCAGGGCCAGUGUCUUGUUUGGGCCUCUUGGUAGAGUAUGCAGAGUUGUAGGACAUGAACACCAUCCUCUGGUGUGCAUGCAACCCACUAAAAGUGUUUCUCUUACUUAACAAAUUUAGUGUUAGGUAAAAGAAACCUCAAGCAAGCAUGUCAAAUCAAAGCAUUUCUAAAUCCACUUGACGGUGAUCAUCUUUUGGCCCUAACUAAUAUCAAAGUAUGUCAGAAUCCUAAGUUUAGUUUGUACAAGUAAUCACUGAAAAAUACCUCCCCCCCCCUUUUUUUUUUUCCCCAAGUAAAAAAAAAUAAAUAAAAGUUUAAUCAUUCCUUAGAGAAGAAAACAGUUAUUAUUGAUCUUGGGUUAUGUUCAGUUUUUUAAACCUAGAUAAAAAUCUCCAUAUCUAUAGAAGUUCCAAGUUUUUUUGAGAUCUUCAGUUUGACAUGCUUGAUCUUAAGUUAAUCUCUUUUAAGUUACUAUCAAGUCUGUGAUGUCUGAAACAAACAAACAAACAAAAUGGCAGGAUUAAGUGUGUGUGUGUGUGUGUGAUUAAUAUAUUUAAUUAGCUCAUCCUGGACUAAAUGCAUCAUUAUGCACCUCUUUCUGUUUUGUUUGGGUUUAAAACAAUAAAAUAAAUAUUGGUACUUGAAAUGAAGACCAAGCUCUCACCAAACAGUUUCAACCAGUCUUCAAAGGAGUGAGACAUCUCAACAUUAGUAUCAUGGGCUGAAUAAAUUUUUAAAAAUUAGUUAUUUCUAUUAGUAUGAACUCCUCAGUCGAUAACAGAUUCUGUUUCUUUUUUUUUUUUUUUCCUUCCACAUUUUGUGUAGGUCUUAUACCUAACUCUGUUUAACCAACAUUGAUAUAAGUGUCAAAGUAGAGAUAUGAAUUAAAUUUAUUGAUUUCCUAAAUUUAUAUGAAUUGUAAAAAGUGUUUAGCAUUUAUAAGAGUUAAUGUAUUUUUUUUUACAUCAUUAAAUCUUUGAAAUGUAUCAUGUAUAUGUCUGCUAAAUUUGAACUGUCUGUGAUUGAGAAGAAAGUUCUGAAGGCAAUCUAAGCCAGUUAUUUAUACAUAAAAAAAAACAGGUCACUAUUCCUAAAGACAUUUUUAAAUGAAUGCACACACACUAAAGACAUUUGUUACAUUUAGAAAAAGAAAAAAACUCUUGAUAAUUUAUGUGUCACAAAACAUGAGGCAGAGGCAUGAUGGCUGAGUGGUAAAUGGCUUGGCUUCUGAACUGGAGGGUCCCGGGUUCAAAUCCUGGGAUUUUUUAAAUUUCGGGAUCUUUAGGGCGCCUCUGAGUCCACCCAGUUUUAACUGGUACCUGACGUUACUUGGAGCAAAGUAAAGGCGGUUGGCCAUUAUACUGGCCACAUGACACCCUAGUUUACAAUUGAACACAGAAACAGGCGACUUUUACAUUAUCUGCCCUAUAUAGGUAUGGUCUGAAAUGGCAACUUUACUAACUUAAAACAUGAAGUGUUAUUGAAUGCAUAUAAAGAGAACCAAGUUCAUUGAGCUAAAUACUCCAGCAGCAUACCUUCUACUCUCACAGAGCUAUAUUAUAAAUGAGGAACUACCUAUAAUUAUUUGUUUAUCCUCAAAUUGGUUUGUAUGAGAUCAAAAAGAAACAUUGUCCUCAAAGUCAGAAUUAUUUUCAAGUUGUACCUUGUGAUCUCAAAUGUCUUGUAAUUAGGUCACAAAAUAUUAGAAUACAGGAAGCUUUUUUUAUUGUUUGGGUCUUUUUUACUUUGUGUUUUCAACUCAGAAUUGUUUUUAAUAUGUAUGUAACGUCAGUGAAAUUGGAAUGAUAUCACUGAGGUUGUCAGGGGGAACAUUUUGUGGCAGCUUGAUCAUUACUGCACUAAACUAUUUUCUAAUUUUGCUGUCACAUUUAAUGAGUUUCUAAAAAUUUUUUUACAAAUCACGGAAACCAUCCUGACAUCUUGCUAAUAAGGAACUGUUUGUAUGUAUAUAAAGCUUACAUCUCUAUGUGUGUAAGAGUAAAAAUAAAUUUAAAAAAUGUUUAAAUCUGGUAAGCAAUGCAUCUUGUUAAAAAGGAACUGCUGCUGUAUUAUACUUGAUUAUACUGCGGUCCAUAAUGUCAUGUGAUCAUGAGUUGAGUUCAAAGACUUUGGCUGUCUAGAUUGUAACUGUUCAUUUGGCCUGCCCAACUGAGACCAUUCAUUAUAGAAGACCUGAAUACAGACCUGCAACAUAAGCCUGUAAUGUGGCAAUGAGCUAUUGGUCUAAACUGCCCACAGGUUGCAACAUAUCAGGUCAGUUUUCAGGCCUUUAUCAUGGUUGGUCUCUGUCCAACUCUCUCAGUACUGUGGGUAGUAGACCUAAGAGCUAACAUUACCCUAACACCUGACAUCCCAAAGUGUAUCACUCUGUUUACCUGGUCUGUUUUCUGUGACAAUUUGUGACUAAUUUUGAUUCCUUCAUUUCUGCCUAGUUGCAUUAAAUCAGACUAGAAACCCACAUCCCUUCAAGCUAAUCUCAAUAUUAUUAACUCGCUUGUACCAGAGGUUGUCUGGUCUGAAGUUUAGUGAUUUGUAAUUGCUUCACGCACAUCUUACUGUUUCAGAUUAUAUGCUUAAAGAAAAACAAGCAAUAUUUUUGAAUAUGGAAAAUGUAUGAUAAUUGAGGAGAUAAAAAAAAAAUUGGCUGUGCAACAGAAUAAUAUAUUGAUCAUUUUGAAAUCUUGUUUUGGUUUGAAUUGUUUAAUAGGCCCUUUUUAAUCGUCUUUAAAUGCAGUAUAUAGUAACUGGCCACUUUGAUUUUAUAUAAUGAUUGCAAGUCUGAAAAUGAUUUGGCACCACUGCCAUAGAUCAUGUAAAGUAAAGUUAACCAGUUUUGUUGGUUAAUAUAUAUAUAUAUAUAGGUCAACAAUGGAAAUGUGUGGUCAGUACAAUGAACAGUCAGUUUGACUUGUUUUUUCUUUAAAGAUGGGCAAUUUAACAUUUUAAGACUCUUUAAAUGUUGUCUUAAUUAAUUGGUGUUUAGAUUUCCUUUAACCAGAUUUAAAUCUUGGUAUUACCAGAUAAAAUGCUAUUUUGUUGAGAUUGGGAAAUACAGUUUCAUUCUGUAUGCAGUCCCAUUAGUAAAGAAAUUAGUGAAUCAUUGUGAUGGCCACACAAUCAGGUGAACCCCUCUCUCUUACUGUCCCUAAGUAACUAUAAAACUGUAUUAAAUAAAAUAUGUUGGGCUUAUGUUUUCUCCUCAUCAAUUUGUUUUUUUUUAGUUUUAAAGAUUACCACUAUCAAUUCAUUACAAUAAAAUGUCAAUAUACAGAACACUGAAUACUUUUUGUCCUUUUCUGCAAAGAUAUUUGUUUUCUAACUGGAACCUAAUUCAAUUGGUUACAUGAGAGGAGAUAUUAACUUAAUUAUCUUUGUGCAACAAAGUUAAACCUAGAACAACUUUUUUAAACCUUAAAAUUGUUUUAACCUAGAACAACUUGUUUUAAGCUUAGGAAAACAUUGUUUUUAACCUAGAACAAUUUGUUUUAAACUUAGUAAAAACCUGUUGUUUUUAACCUAGAACAGCUUGUUUUAAACUUAGAACAACUUUUUACCUGAUGUCUUUUUAUUUUAUUCAGUUUAAAUAUAUUGUAUUUGAAUCUUCAAGUGUUCAUUGGUUCAUGAUCCAUCAUGGCCUACUUCAUAACUGCUAAUAUAUUGUUGCAGAAUUUAAGUUUUGUGAUUUGUUAUUGUAUGUGGCACAUUUGGGUCAUACACUAUUUCGUGGUGUGCAGAAGUGUGGACCUGGAAAGUAGGGAACCAAUCUCUUUCCAUUCAGCCUUCAAUCAGCUGUGAUCAAAACAAUUUGUUACAAACAAAAUUUCACCAGUCUUCACUCGCUUCUGGCACUCUUAUCCAAUACAUUUUAUUUUUAUUUUAACAUUAUUUGUGUGUGUUGCCAUCAGUAUUUAUGGACUAUUUUUUUUUCUUUAUAUAGAUUUCAAUGAAAUUUAUCAAAUUUAAAAUUGGUGAACAUAAUCUUAACUGCCUUGAGUAGAGCUUACUAGAAUAAGCAAGUUCAAUGAGUUACGGAGUGAAUUCAAUUUACUGUGAUAUUAAAUGGAGUAACAUGAAAAAAAAGUGAUACUAUCUUUUUUUUUUUUCUAAAUGCAUUUAGAAAAUUACCCUUAUGUCACUGAAAACAGCAUUUCCUAAUUUUAAAAAAAUUUUGUAUUGUCUCUUCAUCUUAAAGAACUGUACGAAAGAUAUUUUGUGUGUGUCUUAUGUUAGCUAGAUGUAAGGCCCCACAGCUUCAUUAUGUUGUAACGUAAGCACAAAUUGAACCAUUUGUUUGACGAUUUCAAACCAAACUAUGAUGAAUCUAAAUAGAUAUGUAUUAACAUAAUAUCUUGAGACUCAAGUAUGUUGCCAUUGUUUUAGAGUGUGUGCUGGCCAAAUCUAUGAAUGAAUGAAGAAUUAAUGUGACUUUUGCCAGUUUAAAAAGUAGAAUGAUAAUGUACUUAAUUUGUUUUAAAUGUUCCCCCCACAUCUUGGAUAGUGAAGCAAGGGAGGUUAGUUCUCUAGAAUAUUACCUCCCUUCUCCACUUCUGAAAAGACUGUCAUUAUUUAUAUAGGCACUUUCAUCCCAAUUCAUCACAUGUGUAUGUUGUUUAUGUGUGUGAAACUGGCGCUUACAAAGAUGACAAACUGUCCAGCAGUUUGUUUUCAUGCAUGAUAUAAUUUAAUGAACAGCAUACUGCUCCUAUAUUCCCCCCUUCCCUUUCUACUGCUCUCAUUUUACUUAAUACAAACAUUUUUUUUGUACAUCAUUAUAACAAAUAAAAUUAUUACUGAAAA